AUGCGCCAUUUUAGCCCGUACGUGGCGUUACAAGCCCAUGAACGAGUUACAGGGAGCCGUGUAAAGGUCAGCGUGUACACGACUGCCCGCAUGCGAUACACUUCGCAUUGGAAAUCGGGACUCAGGAAUAAGAGUGCGCCGGGAAGUGAGAGCAACAACGGGACGCCAGCUAGAGCCGAUAAGUGUGCUGAUUUACGUCAAAGCUGUGCAGUGCCAAUGAUCGAUAAUAAUGGUAAUUUCGCGCCGAACACGUGUAGCAUCGCCCGUCCAUUCCCGCCAUCGCGAUCGCUCCCCGCCCUAUUAGGCGCGGGAGGCCGCGGCCCGAUGACGGAGCGGCUUAUCGACGUGCGGCGGCUGGUGUUGCCAGAUACGGUUUCCCAAAUAAAAAAAAUUGGUUACUUACGAAGGUUUCAU